UGAGGGCGGGGAGCGCGGAGGGCGCGGAGGCGGCGCCGGGGCCGCUGCGGGGCGCGGCGCCUCCCUGCUCCCCGCCGCCGCCGCCGCCGCUGCUGCUCCUCGCCGCCCGCAGCCGCCGGCGGGCCGCGCUGCUCCAUGGCGACCGCCAGCCCCUGCAUCGUGAUUGGCGAUGAUGAACAAGGUUACGACCUGGACUUGUUCUGCAUACCUAAACAUUAUGCAGAUGAUUUGGAAAAGGUCUAUAUUCCUCAUGGGCUCAUCAUGGACAGGACGGAAAGACUGGCACGAGAAAUUAUGAAGGGCAUGGGAGGACACCACAUUGUAGCUCUCUGUGUACUCAAGGGUGGCUAUAAGUUUUUUGCUGAUUUAUUAGACUACAUCAAAGCACUGAACAGAAACAGUGACAAAUCAAUCCCCAUGACCGUGGACUUCAUUAGGUUGAAGAGUUACUGUAAUGAUCAGUCAACUGGAGAUAUAAAAGUCAUUGGUGGGGAUGACCUUUCAACUUUGACCGGGAAGAAUGUUUUGAUUGUAGAAGAUAUAAUUGAUACUGGUAAAACAAUGAAAACAUUGCUGUCUCUACUUAAGCAGUACAAUCCAAAGAUGGUGAAAGUAGCCAGUUUGUUGGUAAAAAGAACUCCUCGAAGUGUGGGAUAUCGACCAGACUUUGUUGGAUUUGAAGUGCCAGACAAAUUUGUUGUGGGAUACGCCCUAGAUUACAAUGAAUACUUUAGAGAUUUGAACCAUAUCUGUGUGAUCAGCGAGACGGGGAAACAGAAGUACAAAGCAUGAAAGCUUCAAGUGCUGUGACAACAGAGCUUUGAAUUGUUUUGUUUACUGAGUCCUAUCUUUCACAGGCUUCAACUCUGGUACACCAGCUAAAAUUGUAGAAUGCCCCAGCCCCAUUGUCAUAUACUUGCUAUAACUUAUUGCAUGUACAAUAUAAGAAUCUUGUCUUGUUCAUUUAUAUUUUAGAAAUGUAAACAACUAGUGCAAUUCUGCACUCCUUAUUUUGAUUUGCACUAUGACUCUACCGACUGUUGCUGCCCCUGGUUGGGUUGUGCUGUUUGUGAGCUCCAGAGUCUAACUCUUGCAGUGGUAAAUUGCUUAAACCUCAUCAACCCAGAACUGAAAUAGUUCAAGUACUGUAAAUGUAAAGCAUUUUAUGAUAGGGAAGUCUAUUAGUAAUAUUUUUAAAAUCUGUAAUUUAAGUUUUAUAUUUUAAUGCACAAGUGUGAUUGUGAUUAUUGGAUAGUUGCACCUUUGGGUGUUAUAAAGCAUGAGGAGCAGCCAGUUACAGUAUCUGUAAUCUCUGAGGAGCUCAUCCAAAUCUCCUGGAGUUGCCUUAUUGCUGGAAAGGAAAUCUGGGUGAAAAUUUUCAUUUUUUUGAGCUAUAAGGAGACGGAAUGACAAAACAGAAUGUUUAAAAUCUAGUUUUAGUUGAGCUGCCCAUUUUUGUUUAGAUUUUUUUUUUGUUUGAAAAUAUUCAUCAGCCAGUGGAAUUGCCUUUUAAAUCUAAACAAUUUUAAUAUAUUUGUGAAAAAGUAUUGUAAUGUUUACUUUAUAAGAUCUACGAAACAAAGUACUUUAAAUAAAGGCUGACUCUUUAAAAUAA